AUGAAACAGGGCCGCCGGAGACCGCCUGGAAACUCAGCAGGAAUAUCCCUCUUUCUCCCUUUUCCGCUCUUUCGGAGGCGGGGCUUGAGUCGCCGGCUGGGACAGACUGUCCGCAGAGUCAGGAGAAAAAGUGGCUGUGCGCGCUACUCUCCUCCUCGUAGGGCGCGACCAGCUCUGCCGCAGAGGCAGCGGCUAAGACUCAGGCCGUUGCCAGGGCAACAAGCCCCCGUGGUCACAGGCUUUGGGCUCCCCGAAUGGCAGCUGCCCACCCACUGCUAUCCUGGCGGUCUCCUGUGGCAAGAAGCUGCCUCCAAACUCUCCCCUGUGGGCUCGGACGGCGUGCAAUCUGGGGAGCAUGCGCUAGGGCCAGUCCCUCCCCUCCGAUGCCGACCCAGCGCCCCGCUCCAGCGUGUUCAAAAUGGACCCCGCUCCUGUCUUGGUGGACCCCGCUCCUGUCUCGGCUCCCCACCACUUGUCAGUCUGUGCUACCACUUCGCACUGACUUCUGGCACUUCCCUGCCUGUGUGGGAGUGGGGUUUGGCAAAGGAAGGGUCGUCCUCCUGUGAGUCAGAUCUCACUGCCAGGGCCAGCCCGCCGCCGGGCGCGGCCAUCCCACGCUGCACUUCCCCUUUGCUCCGCACUCUCAGGGUGAAACUUUCAGCCAUCGCCCUCUUCUGGUUUCAGGCUCUGCUGAAGAUGGAUUGCCAAGGGUUAGUAGCACAUCUCAUCCAAGAGGCUAUUAUUCUGACCUCGGCUGUCAAGCUUGGAAAAGGCUGGAGGGAACUAGCUGAAAAGUUAGUGCGACUCACAAAGCAACAAAUGGAGGCAUAUGAAAUUCCUCACCGAGGAAAAGAUGGAGAUGUUGCUGUCGAGGAGAAGAAAAAGCCUCUCUUUGGAGAAUGCCAAGACCCAGACUUUCUUCACAAUUGGCCGGAUGCUUUUGCCCUUCAUGGUAAUAAUGCUUGCAAAGCUACGAAUCCAUUCUGGAAUGAACUGUCUGCUUCUAACCCAUUUUUAGAUGACAUAACUCAGCUAAGAAAGAACAGGAAGAGAGAUAAUAUUUCCAUCUUGAAGGAAGAUCCUUUUCUUUUUUUAAGAGAAGUAGAAAAUGGAAAUUCUUUUGAUUCCUCCGGUGAUGAACUCGAUGUGCGAAAAUUACUUAGGCAUUCCUCCUCAAGGAAAUCUGGAAGAUCUAAAAGUGUUUCAGAACUUCUGGACAUUUCAGAUGACACAGCUCAUGCCCCUCAGAGUAUACAUAACUCUGACCAGAUCCUAGAACAAGACUUAGAAUGGCUUCAAAAUGAUAGAGAAGCUUAUAAAAUGGCUUGGUUAAGUCAACGCCACUUGGCCCGCUCCUGUCUGGAUUUGAAUACAAUUAAUCAGAACCCUGGGUGGGCCCAAACACAAGUUGCAGAGGUCACCAUAGUUUGUAAAUUAAACCACCAUGGAGGGUCGAUACAAUUACCUGAAUCAGACAUCACUAUUCAUGUGCCCCAAGGUCAUGUAGCUGUGGGAGAAUUCCAAGAGGUGUCGCUAAGGGCUUUUCUUGAUCCUCCACAAAUGCUUAACCAUAAUCUUUCGUGCACUGUAAGCCCUCUGUUGGAAAUCACGUUAGGCAACCUUAAUACAAUGGAAGCCAUUUUGCUGGAGAUGAAAAUUGGGGCUGAGGUGAAAAAGGAUCCUUUCAGCCAAGUCAUGACAGAAAUGGUGUGUUUAUACAGCCUGGACAAAGAAGGCCCUUUCAGAGUGUUAAGCAACUGUUACAUUUAUAAAGAUACCAUCCAAGUCAAGCUAAUGGAUUUGAGUCAGGUGAUGUAUCUAGUGGUUGCUGCGCAAGCUAAAACUAUUCAGUCACCAGCCGCCACCAUUUGGGACUAUAUCCACAAAACCACCUCAAUUGGAAUUUAUGGACCCAAAUAUAUCCAUCCCAGUUUCACUGUUAUUUUCAUAGUUUGUGGACACAGUUAUAUGCCAGGAAAGCUUACAAUCUCUGAUAUUAAGAAGGGUGGAAAAAACACAUCUCCAGUUGUAUUUCAGCUCUGGGGGAAGCAUUCAUUUUUACUUGACAAGCCACAAGAUCUAAGUAUUUCUGUUUUUUCAUGUGACCCUGAUUUUGAAGUAAAGGCAGAAGGAGAAAGGAAAGAAAUUAAACAAAAACAGCUGGAAGCAGGUGAAAUAGUUCAUCAACCAUUUUUAUUUUCUUUGGUUGACCACAGAGAGAUGCACUUGUUUGUUUUCCGUGUUCAGGUGGAGCCUCCCCAUGGUGAAGCGGUUGCACAGUUCUGUAUCACUACACCCGAUCCAGCCCCGAACCUAAAAAGGCUCUCACAUCUGCCAGGUUAUUUGCAGAAGGAGAAGGAAAUCAAGUCUGCUCCUUUAUUAACAACAGUGCUUGUUAAAUAUCCCACAUUUCAAGAUAAAACUUUGAACUUUACCAACUAUGGGGUAACCUUGAAGGCAGUACUGAGACAAAGCAAGAUUGACUAUUUACUUGAAUAUUUCAAAGGCGACACAAUAGCACUUCUUGGAAAAGGUAAGGUCAAAGCCAUUGGGCAGUCCAAAGUUAAAGAAUGGUAUGUGGGAGUCCUCAGAGGUAAGAUUGGACUUGUGCAUUCCAAAAAUAUCAAGGUGAUUUCAAAGGAACAAGUAAUGUCUACGUCAGAUAGUGUCUUUACAACCAGAAAUCUUCUUGAGCAAAUUGCUCUGCCUUUUAAAAAACUAACUUAUAUCUACUCAGUUGUAUUGACCUUGGUGUCAGAAAAAGUUUAUGACUGGAAAGUUUUAGCUGAUGUCCUGGGUUACUCACAUCUGGCACUGGAAGAUUUGAUUCAAACACAAGCAGACAAAGAAUCAGAAAAAGUUUCUGGUGUUGUGAAGAAGUUAAAGGAAGAUUGCCACGCAGAUAGAAAUACAAGAAAGUUUCUUUACGAACUUAUUGUGGUGAGUAUUGCUUGA